AAUGUCCCCCAAACAGUAGUUUCCUGACACCAAGGUCGAACGUGGGCUGCUCGUCUUUUUCCGCAAAUUUUAUUCUUGUGAUAACGUUAUUUAUUAAUUUCUGUGUGAAUACAUUAUUUUAUCUUUAGUUACGACACUUGGUGAUUGAGUUCAGUGACAUUUUUAGCAGGUGCUUAUCUCAUAUGUUAAGAAAACUUUCAAUGGCAUCUUUAUCGAGUUUGAACAAAAUUAGUGCGCUGAGUCGAGAGAAUGUGCAUAUCCGGGACAAGACGGAGUUGUUGCAGAAGUUGAAUAAGAUGAUACAGGACGGUCACAACAAGCUGCAGAUAGUGACAGACUUCGACCACACGCUCACCAGGCACACCAUGGACAAUGGAAGUGUUGUACUCACCAGCUUUGGUAUGUUCCGUGAGUGUCCAUCAAUACCACAGCACUACAAAGAUGAGGACAAUAGACUGGCCGGUAUCUACAAACCCAUAGAGAGUGAUCCUAACAUGAGCAUCGAGGAGAAAACGAAACAUAUGAUAGACUGGUAUGUGGCAGCACAUACAUUGCUCAAAGGCGUGAAAUUUCCGAGAAAUGAAUUAAUGGACGCAGCGAACAAAAUGGUGCAAUGUUUUAGGAAAGGUGUCCGUGAAAUGAUAGAUUGGUGCAAAAUGCAGCAGGUGCCGGUGCUGGUGUUCUCCGCGGGGCUCGGCGAGUCCGUGCUAGCUGCCAUGACCGCCGCCAACUUCAUGCUUCCUAACGUUAAGAUAAUAUCAAACUUCCUAGCGCUAGACGAGAACGACUGCAUAGUGGGCAUCAAAGGCGAGGUGAUACAUACGUACAAUAAAAACGAGACCGCCAUCAAACACACGGAGUACUACGACAUGGUGCAAAAUAGGUCUAAUGUCGUCCUUAUGGGGGACAAUAUAGGGGAUGCGGGCAUGGCAGAGGGCAUGGAACACUGUGACGUCGUCGUUAAAGUAGGAUUCCUAGGCAACAACCGCGAAGGUAACCUUAAAAACUACUUAAACAAGUUCGACAUUGUUCUGGUCAAUGACCCCACUGUCGACGUUGUGAACGGCAUCCUGGGAUGUAUACUGUGAUCGUAGUUAAAGUAAUUUAUUGUUACCUCGACAUUCUUGUUAGAAUUUUUUUAGUGCAAUAGUUUUUGUGUUGUGUUUACCAGCCAGGCCCUAGGUAGAGCAGCGGUUCUCGGUGUUUCGUAUCAUGCAUUAUAAUUGGUAUGUUUCCAGCUAAAGUUAAAUUACUUUGUUAAAUUCAAGCUAGAAAAUUACGGAAACGAUAUAAUCAUUAUUUUAGAUACUUAAUUUUGACCUUUUUGUCAUUUUUUCGAUAUAAUGAACUGCAGUGUGAUUAAGUUUAUGUAAUGAAUUAAAUACGUCAAAAUGUCGAAACUAUUUUUGGCAAAGCAUAAUAUCCUAAAUUAGACAUAACAGAUUUAGGAUUUAGACAUUUGAGAACCGUUCACUCAGUAUAUACUUAAUUUAAACGUUUACUGCCCUUAAUUAUAAAUUUAUAAUUAUACUAAGUGCCUCAUUUUAUACGAAACAGCAGCAUUUCAAAGAUUUGACCAAUUUAUACCACUUACAUGUAACCAUAUUUGGUACUCUAUUAAUUUUCUAAGAUAUUUUUACUAAAUAACACAAAUUACAGAUAAUUAUCAUUAUUAUAAAAUAAAUCUAAGUUGUGUUUGCUCACAUUGUUUAGCUAGUCGAUUAACUUAAAUAGCAAUUAAUAUUUAUUUUGAUUUUUUUCUUAAUGAAUAGUAAUCUCAUCAUUGUUACUUACUAGUGCUGUGCCACUUAAUAUCGAUAGUGUCAGUUAGUUAUCGAUUUUGCUCUAAAUGUUUGUUCACAAAUUAUUGUCGUAGAAAUAUUAAGUUGUUACUGUUUAACCACUAUUUUAUUACUUUUUGAUAUUAUUGAUGUUUGCGUAAUUCUUUAAUGUGAUGGAGUGUACAAGAAAACUCUGGGUCUGGCUUAUACGUGUAUUAUGAUAUUUAAAAUGUACACACAAAUGAAAUAUUUUUAUAUUUUUGUUUUGUAUUGUUUUAAUGUUGUUUUUGUCGGUGAUUCGACUCGUGAUUGGCUAUUUUUUAUAAAAAUCAAGCAAUUUUGUUCUCUAUUUCAAUGGUAUUUGUAUUAAAAAAAUAUUUACAUACUCAAAUUAGUGCAAGUCAGAUUUGUCCUAUUACAAAAGGAAUAGAGUUCAAAAUAAUUUGACAUGGAUGUAUAAAAAUGUUUUUAAUGUUAUUUUCAAAAAGUGUGUAAAAUAUUUGUAGCAGACAUGAGCAUAAUAAGCUGAGAUAAAAAUCUUUCAAGACAGGUUUUAACCAUAUUUUUGUCUCUGUCUUGCACGUAUAUUAUGUUACAUGUGCGAUAGAGAGAUUACAGUCAUAGUGUAAAGCUUAUUAAAUGGAUAAAUCUGAGAGUAAAACUCUUAGGACAGUUUAUUCCUCUUCCUCGGCACUUUGGAUUCUACUUAGUAGAUUUUUCUAAAUAUAACUUUACACAGAUUCAAACUAUUAUUUAUUAAAUUGCAGUUAUUGUACUUUUAGUUUGGUUAAUUAAGCUAUUCUUUUGGGAUUCCAUGGUCUUAUGACCAACCAUGGUAGACAAAGAUACACCAUUAGAUGCCUAGGAUUGAUUUAAUCACCGUCAACCUGUACCCCUAUAAUGAUUUUGAAGCAAUAGAGUUUGUCGAUAGUCGCUACACACGACUAAUUUUAGUUACACAGGUGACCGGUAGAGGCGUUGUAAAAUUUGCCAUACAAAAAAAUUACAUCGUCGCUACUAUCUGUCGACUAUCGACGAAUACUAUUGCUCCAAACUUAUGGUAGAGGUACUGGUUGUUGACCCAUUGCGAUACCCUCUACAUAACUACAUUUUGUUGGUUGCACGACUUGGUUGUAAGAUUAUGGUAUCCCAAUUAAAUAGGGGCAUAUUAUUGUAAUGGUUUUGUUAAUUCUGUUUGUAAAUCUUUUGUUAUAUUCAAAAGCCGUAGACGAUGGGUUUUUAAGUACAAAACUGGGAAUUAGGCGAUUUUAGAAGGCAUUAUCCUUUGUUCCAGAGAUUAGUAGGUAUAUUAAAAACUAGGUAAAAUAUAACAAAAUUUUUGUUUUAUAUAAUAAUAAUUUUUACCUGUUUCUCGUUUGGUGUUGCGGAUAUCAAUGGGCGGCGCUGAUCGCUUACCACCAGGUGGCGUUUGACCCCCUUUUUCAUAAAAAAACAUCCCCCGUAAGGAUAUGUUCCCUGAAUGGGUGGGGUGGGAAUGACCUUGGCCAGCAAUGGGCCCAUUUAUAAAAUGUCAAAUCUAUAUUAUUUGAUAUUACGAAAUAUUUUGGUCAUUUACCUUUUCCCUAGUACAAGCCUACAGUUAUUCAUUACCCAUUGUCUAUGAUGAAGAGAAGAUUCUUUGAGAUUCUAUCCGUCGUUUUAGGAGAUAUGAGCUGACUGCUAAGCAGACGUGGCUAUGUAAUGUGUAUCUCCAUAAGUUACUGUUGUAAGAUGAAGCAAAAAUUGUGAAAUUAUCGUGUUUUUAUAUAUCUCUACACUUUAGGAAACUGUUGUAAUUAGUUAUUCAAUGCACAAAAGAAAUUGUAGAUUAUUGACAAAUUAUAAACCAUGUAUGAAAAAAGGAGACGAAAUAAAACAAUAUUUGUAAUGAAAUUAAAUAA